CCCGCUCGGAGACUCCUCACACAUUUCCACACGCGCCCAAAACCCACUCUGUGAGGGUUGUUCCGAGGAAGGAAAGUCCUUUCAUUUCCACUCUCCGACGGCCCAAAAAUGGUGGGCCGAACAACCCGAGGCCCCAAACCCGCCGCCGACGGCGACGAAGAAACCGGAAGCGGAGACAACGCAGCCGCAGAGGUUUCGGACUACGAGCAAAUCAGAGACCAACGGAUCAAAGAGAACAAGGAGCGAAUGCAGAAGCUGGGCAUUUUCGACCUUUCACUCCAGCUCAAGUCCAAACCCUCCGCCGCUUCAAAACGCGGCCGUCCUUUGAAAGACCCUUCCGAUCAGACCAAAACCUCUCUCUCCCCGGCAAGGCGCUCCUCUAGGUUGAAGACUCUGGCUCCGGUGAGUUAUGUGGAGAUGAGGCCCAAAGGGAAGAGGGAGUCUUCAUGGAAUGGUGAGAUUAACAUAAAGGAGGGUAAAAGGCCGGAGAUUUAUAGUGAUGAGCAUGAAAAGCUGUUGGGGGAUUGUAAGGAGACUUGGGAACUCUCGGUUGAUGGGUAUGGAGAAGACGGGAAGCGCAUAUAUGAUCCGGUUAAGGGUGAAACUUGCCACCAAUGCAGGCAGAAAACUCUAGGUCAGCAUACACAUUGCUGCAAAUGUGACUUGGUCCAAGGGCAGUUUUGCGGAGAUUGCUUAUACAUGAGAUAUGGAGAGAAUGUGAUCGAAGCCAACAAAAAUCCUGAUUGGGUUUGCCCUGUUUGUCGGGGCAUUUGCAACUGCAGUCUUUGCCGUAAAGAAAAAGGGUGGGAGCCCACUGGUAAUCUGUAUAGGAAGGUCAUAAAUCUGGGUUACAAGUCUGUGGCACAUUAUCUUAUUCAAACCCGUCGUUCCCAACCAAAAUCAGAAACCUCAGGUGCAGAGGAAUCAAUGCAUGAUGAUAUGAAACAAGAAACAGAAGAGGCACACUUAACAGGGGGAGAAGAAAUGGAAGAGGUUCAGUGUGUUGAUGCCAAAGAUUUGGGUAACAUAGAUGAUACUGGUGCUGCCGUUGCUGGGGAUUCAGUUGAAGGUGAGACAAAGGGAAAGCCGAGAAGGAGGAGCACAAGGUUGAGGAAGAACUAAAUAGUUCUGGAUCAUAGAUGGACUGACAUGAAGCCUGUCUUGUUACGAAAUAGUCAUCAAUCAACUAGCUGGUGAAAGUUUGACAUGAAGCAAAUCGUCUGGCCUCAAACACCUUUUGAGCACAAGUAUUCCUUUUUGUCAGCAGGAACAGUGCAGCUAUAGUUUUCCGGAGCUUAUAUUUUUGCGGAGUAAAUGUUACCCUGAAUUGUAUCGUAUUCAUGGCAAUAUGACAUUAUCAGUAAUAUCUAGUCUUUUGAGUUGCAAAUGAAAAGAAUAGGUAUUUCUAUAUUUCUGUUGCCUGAUUUUCUUCACUCAGCUCCCAUUCAUAGAACCCGCACAGAAGAAUCAUGUGAUGCUCGAGCCACAAUUGUGAUUCAUCUGUUAUUGUGCACAUUACAGGCACCCACUCAAUCAACCAUCUCAACCUGUUAAAAAGUUUAAAUAGAAUAUAGUCACAGCAGACACUAUUAAUAAUGCUUUCCUUUGAUCACAGGCUUCUCUCUUAUAUUUCCUCAACUUGGGGUUCUUUCUACCCAAUUUAGACCCAGAUGCCCCAAAAUUGUUAUUUACAGAAUUGGUACCCUUUUGUGAAUCUUGUAUAGCUUGCUUCAAGAUCUCUACUACCUAAUUCAUUGUUGGCUGGCCUUUCGAAUUCUUGCUCAGGCAGCUAUCUGCCAACUUGGCGAUUUUCCGAGCUACAUUAAUACAAUACUGGUCUCUCAGGAGUGGAUCUAUUAUCAUGCUGAACUUUUUACUGUCUGCAGGGUACUGUCUAACCCAAUAAAGAAGCUUCUGCUCCGCUGUUGGCUGGUGUCUUUCUAACACACGCCUCCCAGUGAGGAUCUCAUACAGGACCACACCAAAACUCCAUAAGUCACUAUGGAUGGAAAGAUGGCCUGUUUCAACAUACUCUGGGGCAGCAUAUCCAUAAGUCCCUACCAACUGAUAACAAAAGCAAAUACAAUUUGAACCAGGGAAUUUGUUAAAUAGAAGCAAAGAACCAGAAAGGCGAAUGAUAACUAAUACCAAUUGUCCUCUCAAUAUUGCAAUUCAAACAAGAUUCUGCCAACCUCCAAAUGAAGUUGACAUCGAGUCCUUAAAGAACUUGGGCUAGUAACAAGAUUCCCGCCCACAUCUAUUACCUAUUUACUGCUGUCGAUACAUGAGUACGGUCACCCUUUGGCCCUUCUCUAGCAAGCCCAAAGUCUGAGAGCUUCGGCUUAAAGUCUUCAUCCAAAAGCACGUUGGAAGAUUUGAAAUCUCGAUAGAUCACCUAUUCAAACAAUGCAACAAAAAAGGUUCAACA